GAUGGUAUAAAACGCUGUCCUUAACUCGCUCUUUGUUAAAUUGAUUUCUCACCAUCCUAAAAGGUAGACAUGGCGUGUACCAGUGCGAUAUUGGCGGCGAUAUUAGUGGUCGUUCCUAUUACCUACGCCUCACAAGGGACGAAGGUAGAUAUGGUGGCAGGUCCGGCAUUGGCUCUGAACCUGAAAGAGACAAUAAGUAAAAUCAUGAAAGCCAGGGAGAUCAAGGAAAAUAACUUCAAACAAGGCAGUGGAAACUCCCUUAAGAGGAUGAGCGACCCAUCUUCAAUGUGUUUUGACAAUGACGAACAAUGUGAAUUCUGGGCGGGUAUAGGAGAGUGUGGACGAAACCGGGUUUACAUGCUGAACAACUGUAAGGAUUCCUGCGGUGUGUGCGGUUGUUUCAAUUACGAUAUAGAAUGCAGAGAUUGGGCAGCCCAGGGGGAGUGUGGUCGAAACCCCGCGUACAUGAUAGUGAAGUGCCGUGCUGCAUGUAAUGCGUGUGUGAAUUAUAAACGUGACGUCACCAGCAGCCUUGAUCACGGACCACCUGGCACCAAAGUUGACUCGGUGGAAAAGGAUGAAAAAUCGAAAAGUGGUUAUGACUUUGGAAAAGUUUUCAAGAGAAGAGAAACAUGGCAUCAUGCAACAGGAAAUGGUGGGCCACCGGGAACUCGUUAAACCGGAUUCGGAAUAAAGUGAAAUUCUGUAUUUUGAGGUUACAUGGACGGUAUGAUUAUGCUUAGAGAGUCAGAGGGGCAAGAACACGGAACAGACUUGCGACAACAUUAUUUGCAUAAGUACACUGUAUAUGGAAUUUUGUGUCAAUAAAUGGAAGAACCCUCGUU